AGAUGGAGCCCAGAGGCAUCGGGACAGGGUGGCUCUGCAUUGCAGUGCUCUGCUCUGGAGCUGCUCUUGUGCUCCAAACAGAGGAGCCAACUCCUCAAAGCACCACACAACAUGACACCCCAGAGCCCACAGGACCCCUCACCACAAGCUCUGGCCAUGGACACCAGCUGACAACGUGGCCAACAGCCACACCAAGCCCUCCUUGGACUGAGGAGCCCAUCACCAUCUCCAUGCCCACAGGAGAGAGGAACAAGCCUUCCACAGCAUCAGCUGUUCCCAUCAGAUACUGGUCUCCUGCUAUCUUUGUGCUGGUUGCUCUGCUCGUGCUCUUCUUCACCUACCGACGGACCAAGGGGGCAGGGAGCAGGGACCGAGCUGCCUCCAUCAGUGACUCUUCAGAUUGGAGAGCCCUGGACCAACCUGGCCAUGACAUCACCCCCAUCAUCCCCAGUGCCCAGGAGGAAAGGAAGGGCCCAGAGCAGCCCCCAGCCCUGGCACACACUGAAACCACCUUCUGUGAGCCAGACCCCUCCCUGCCUCAGGUAUUUCUCCCUAAUUGCCUGAGCCCUGGUGCCUGGGGGGUGCUGCCAGCUGAGCCCCAGCCCAUGGGGGUCCCUGGGGAGGAUUUGUACCCCCUCCAGCACCUGAUUUUGCUUCUCUCCAGCCUGGUACUCCCCCAGCUGCUGGUGAUCCUCAUUGUUCUGAGGAGCCCAGUGCUGACUGAGAGCUCCCAGUGGAACCCAGGGGCUUCCAGACACCCCCAGGGAGCACAAAGUCACCCUGAGAGAUAAUGUGGCAACCAAGCUGGAUGAUGCUCCUGACCAGGGCCUAUGAGCAUCAAAUGCCACCUCAUCCCUUCCUAUGGACACUUGACUGUGUGCCCAAAGCCCAGUGGGACUGGGGACCAGCGUGGGACAGGGGCCAGUGUGGGCUGUGGCUGUUACUGCUGUGCCCUGAGUGCAGGGAUGGGGCUCAAGGCAUCGCCAAGACAAUAAAGCAGGAUUUCAGAGAAUCAUUUGGGCUGGAAAAGAGCUUGAAGGGCAUCAAGUCCAAGCCCUGGCCUCACCCUGCCAAGCCCACCACUAACCCGUGGCCCUCUGCUAUGUGUCUUCUCAGUCCCCCCAGGGCUGGGCACUGCCCCAGCUCCCUGGGCAGCCUGGCACAGGGCUCACACCCCUCUCAGGGAAACAGUUCUGCCUCAGCUCCAGCCUCAACCUCCCCUGGGGCAACCAGAGCCCCUUUCCUCUUGUUCUGUCAAUUAGGAGCAGAGAUGAACCCCCAGCUCACUGCAGCCUCCUGCCAGGGAGCAGCAGAGAGUGCUCCUGUCUCCCCUCAGCCUCCUCUUCUUGGGCAACCUCAUCCCAUUGCCCUCAGCCCAUGCACCAGCCUGCCCAGGACCCUCUGAAGAGCCCUCCUGCCCUCCAGCAGACCCACACUCUCACCCAGCUUCUCAGUCCCUGGCUGCUCAAUGUCAGGACAGUCACCACCCCUCAACUCCAACCCAAGUGUCACUUUUUCCCUGUGUCUCAGGAUGGUUCCAUGAUGAGGUGGCUGUUGGGUUAUUUUCCUGCUGCUCUUACUCACAAAGUGAUAACUCCCCCCCCUCAAAACCCACAUAGGACUGAAAUGAGCAGCAGCUCAUCAGAUGACAGUUGAACUCAUCACAGGGGGGGGAAAACAGGGGGGAGACCUGGAAAUAAACACCCCAGAGGGCAAAAUACCCUGAGAGAAGCAACAAUAUCCUCAGGGAAAUGGAGAACCUGAGUUGGGGGAGGGUCCCUGAACCCUAAAAACAAGGUGGGAGGAAACUCCUCGAACCCCAUCCACGCAGGUGAUGCUGCCAAGCACUGCAGUUGUGCUGAGCUGCCUCAAUUUCCCCUCUC